UAAAAUAAUAAAAUUUAUUUGAGGAAAAAAACUUUGGUUUUUUCUUAAAGGAAAAUUCUCGAGUGGUCCACUUAUUUCUUACAGGUAGGGGAGACUGGGGUAAAAAUAGUCAAUUUGCAUAAAUCCUUAUCUGCAGGAUUCCCCAAGGGCAAGAAAAUUUCCUCGAUAGGUCAUUUUCAUAGGAAAUUUCCUGGCCUACAACUUUGUCUCAGACCACUUUUCUCUAUCUCCACGGGAAAUAUGAGUUUUCGAGCUUUUCCUGAACCCUUCCGCUUCUGACUUUUUUUAAACGCGGCGGGUAAAUAUAGUCACCAGUUGGCUAAAUAAAGUCGGUCGAAUUUUCCGACAUUUCCAAUGAUUUUCCACCUGAGAGAUUGAUAGUAGUUGAUAGCUAAACUUCUCACCUUUUGAUCCGCGACAAGGAAUUUCACUUUUAUACGCACUAAAACAGAGAAUUUUGCGAUUUUCUCAAACACGCUAUUUUGCAACAAAUGAAUAGAAAAUAUGCCAAAAAUUUCGAUCUCCCAUAUGAUUCACAUGGGAUGACUAGAUCUACCCCAAGGGGUAUGUUUUGAUUCAAAAAAUUGUAGAGAAAAAUCAUUAAAAGUUAUUGAAGAAUACACCUUGGCAACGUUUUCUGCACUAACCCAGGUAGUGAGAAAAAUUAUCAGAUGGGAAAAUUGCUGAAGGAAAAGUUCGGAAAACGCGUUUUUCUCAAUACGCAAAAGUUUGGGAAAUGGGCCAAAAAUCUAUUUUCAUUUUUAACUCUUAAAGUACUGAUCGCAUAACCUCCAAAUUACUGUCAAAAAUUAUAGGUUGGUAAGGCUUUGCACCCUAAUUUUUUCCGAUUUUUCCGAUUUAUAUUUUGGGAGAAAUUGGCAUUUGAAAAUUCCAAAAUGACUAUUUUUACCCCGGUCUCCCCUACUGUGAGAAUAUUUUUCUAUACAUUAGUGGAAAGCUUAAUUUUUCUUCUAUUGAAUCAAUAAUAUUCUUCUUAAUCAUCAUAUAAAAAAAAAGAAAUCUUUAAAGAAAAUUUCUUUUUUUUUUACUGAACAGAAGAUUUGUUCAAAAAAGACACGAUGACGUCACCAUGCCAUUUUUUGUCUCUUUCGUGAUGAUGCUUCGACGAUGUUGGAAAUAAUUUAUUCUUUUGGAUAUUUGUAGAAAGCUUAAAGUACAACUUUGAGGAUCAUGAAAAAUAAAAAAAAAAAUGUUUUGGAUGAGAUAUUUUUUAAACAAACGGGUUCAUUCUGUUGAAAAUCUUUUUCAUUUUUUUUUUAUAAUUCGAGAUUUGAGAGAUUUUUUGGUAUUUUGUAAAAAAAAAUUACAAGAUUUUUGAAAAUUUCAAUAAUGCCAAAAAAAUUAAAAUUACUUUUAUUGGGAUCUUUAUGGUUUUCUGAAAAAUUUCUGGAACAGGAAAUCUUUUGCUUUUCUUUGAUUGUAAGUAUACAAGCUGUCAAAAGCUCACAGUAAUUUUCAAUUUGUUAAAAAGAAAUUUUAAGAAUCGACCCCGUAUUAAUUAUAAUUUUCUUCUUAUAAAUUAUGUGAACACAAAAAAAACUCGGACUUUCUAUCAAAUAAAUUUCCAAGAAAUUUAAUAAUCUAGUUGGACUUAUUCAUAAGAUAAGAAAAAUAUAAUAUUAAGAAUUUCAUAAUAUGAUACUUACAUUGAUAACAAAACUACAUAAAAAGGUUUUAACCGGAUGUUGCUAUGCUGGAUAAGUUUUUUUUUUUAAAGAAAUAUCCGGUACUUUUGAGCUUGUAACAGAAGGAGGUUUUUUUUUUAAUUUGUUAAUUUGUUAAAAAAGAAUUUUAAUUCGCAUUUAGAAUUCACGUAAGCAAUGAAAAAUGUCUGCAUCAUAGAUGGAGAGUUUUUAUGGAUGUAUCGACUACUCCUUUAACAAAAAAAAUGCUGAUUUUUAAUGUAAAAAAUAAUUUCGCAACAUUACGCAAUUGGAGUUUGGCAAUGUUGCGAAAUAUGAGAUAUAAAAAAAAUUCAACGAACGAUCUGUGAUAUUUUUGAAACUUAAUUUUUUUCUAAGUGUUUCGGCUCUCUGACGUAUUCAUCAGGUCCUUUAGAAAGUUCUACAGAAAGCUCUAAAAAUCUUGGGUAGACUUUUAUAGUCGCUUUCAAUUCGCUAGGUCAGCUUAAAAAAAUUCUAAAGUAAAUGGUUGCUUUAAAAUAAAAAACAUUAUUUUGAAGAAAAUCUGUUCCAUCUCUUUUGUUUACCCCUUUCAAGUGCGCGAUCAAUCUAGCGAGCUAAUUGAACUAAAAAUAAUUUUUGGAUGUUCCUUUGGGCUCUAAAAAAAACAUUUUUUGCGAAAAAUCCCAACUCCAAAAUUUUCAGCUUUUCGUCCUUCCUGUUCCUGUGAGUCCUUGGGGAUAUCCUUUUGUGGUCAUAAAAUGAUCAGGGAUUGUAAAGACAUAGUUUUGUACUAAUUUGGACUCAAUAUUCAUAAAAUAACUUUACAAAAUAAAACAUUUUCAAAAUUGAGUUUUUGGGUCAACAUAUGACCCAAUGGUCCUUAAAAUGAUAAUUAAAAUUCUUACAAGCUUUUACAUUCUAAUUUUAAAAAAUCUUGUAAGAUAAGAGAUAAGAUAGGUAAUUGUAUUUAAACACAUUCAGACACUUACAAGACAAUUUUAUAUUUAUUCUUGAAGCGAUAAAAAAUAUAUUUACACUAGGUUAAAAUUUUUUAAAUUGUACCACGUUCAGGGAAAGAGCGAGAGCGGAUGUUUGAAUGAUGAAGUGUUUACACUGGAAGACAAAAAAUUCUAAUCUCAAAUUUUUAUCAUAGUUUUGUCUCAAAAAGAAAACGUUUUUGUUUCCAAACCUUACAACGAACUUGAAGUAAUUUUACUUAUCUGUGUAACGAUUUAAGAAAAAGUUAAAUCGGCAGCGAUUGCCAGAUUUGUCCUCCCACUGUUAAAACGCUAGAAAAACGUAAAUUGUUAUAAAAGGAUCUGCAAAAAAUUGUCAAAAUGGAUUUUCAAGCAUUAAAAGAAUUAUCAAACGUUAGAAUUGAACGAAUUCUUACCGAAACUUUCAUUAAUCCUAACUAUGGGGUAGAUUCUGAUAGAAUCUUUUCUUUUCUUUCCUAACAACUGAAAAGUUGCUGUAAGAUUUUGACAAAUAAGUGUUUUUUAAAAAUCGUUCUAUUGUCGUUCUAGAAAAGAAAAACAAAGAAUUUAUUGAUCAAGAAAAGUAAUUUUCCUUAAGAAAUACGAUUAAAGGUAGAAACAAAAUGUCAAGAUUUUAUAAGAUUUUUCAUGGAAUACCAAAAAUCUUAUAACUGAGUACAUAAUUGUAAGAGAAGAAAAGAAAAGAUUUUCAUCACAAUCUACCCCUAUAUUUAUCAAUCUUAGUCGUUCCAUUAAUCCUUUUUCAAUGAUCUCUGAAUUAGAAAAUAGCAUUUAAAAAACCCCCUGGAAUAGAUUUCUAGCUACGCCUAGAGCUAAAGCUUAAAUUAAGAGGUUUCCAUUGUGCGUGGGUUGAGCUUUUAAGUAUGAUUCAUAAAACAUAACCGUAGGAUUUUUACAAAAAAAGAUCGCGAAACACAAUCAUCUAUAAUAAAUUCAAAGUGGGCAUGUAUUUGUCAUUGAUAAGAUUGUAAUAUUUUAAUAUACCUACAUAAUAUAUCAGACCACCGCAUUUUGCACACUUUCGCGAAUGUACUUAAGGAAGAUCAUCAUACGAAGAGAGCCAGUCGCAUAUCAAUUUUCUGCGGGGUAAGAGUGCGCAAACUUUUAAUAAAGUUCUUAUGGUUCAUUUCGCAUAUUUUUCUGUAUUUAUUUGAAAAAUAACUCCAGCUAAAAAUCAUCAAAAAAAUAAAUAAAGUGAACAAGAUGAGUUACAAUAGUCAAACAUCAUGGCGUGCACCAUCAGUAAGUAGUGUGGAAGAAGCCGAAGAACAACCACGUAAAGCUCUCUUAGCAGAAGGUACUGCACACAUAUCGAAAUCAACGGCUGAUCAUGGAUUUGAAUAUCAGAGAGAACUUAUGCUCUAUUUUUGCUUGAAAUUCAAUAAAAUGGAAAAUUGCGAAUGGAUUUGUGCCAUUGAAGUCGUUGAAUUUGACAAAAUUGAUGAUAUUGUCAUGGAAUUCACAUUAAAUGGUGAAAAUCAUUCCUAUUUGAUGCAAGCAAAGCACGUUCUGAGUGACCAAAAGGUUGUAACGCUGGAGCACUUACUUGAGACUAAUAGGCAAGAGAUCAAAAAUAACAAUCUCAAGAAGAAUUUUGCCCUCAUCAAUUAUUCUGAGGCUGUAAAAAAAGUCAAUUGGCCAGAAGAUCGCAUAGUUAAAUUCUUCUUGCUCACCAACUACCAAGUGGAUUACAUGACGACGGAGUUUGAGGGUAAAGAGAGCAAAAGUAAUAAGAAAAAAGAUGAGAACGACAAGAAUGAAAGUAAGAAGGUAAUUUCUUACAAAGUGAAAGCUCCUGAAAUUGUUGAUGGGGAAACUGAAGAAAUAGCCAAGCUUUUCACUGAUAUUAAAGUCAAGGAUUCGACGAAAUUCACAAAAUUCCCCCAAAGUAUCGAAUUGAUUGAUAAAACGAAAAUUGAUGAUGAAAUUUUUCUUGAUAAUUUCACAUUAAUAUCUGGAUUGGAAAAUCUCACAAAUCUCAUUACAAUCAACAAUCAAAUGCUUGAAGAGAGUUUUAUGAGUAAAAAUUGCAUAACAAUGCGUAAUGCCAUCUUCAAAGCAAUGGAAACGAGAAAAGUAAAAGUUGUAUCAGACGAUCCCACCUCUAAGGAACAAUUCAAAGAAAUACGUGAUCCAAUAACACGUGAGAAAUUCAACAGAAUCAUUCUGAAUUCUGUUAUUGAGGUUGAUCUUCCAAUUUAUACGAAUGAUUUCCUGAGUCAACUCCCAAAAUGGUUAGAUAUAUCCGGGAAAAGUUUCAAAAAACUCUCUAAUGGCGUGAAAAAAAUCUAUACAAAAGGAAAUGCCAAACUCGUUGCAUUUAUGCUCUACAGAGAAAUUAUGCAACAGCAAAGUGAAUCAAAUGCUCAUCCACCCUACUGUAUUCCCUAUUCGAAGCUCAAUGCUAUAUACAAAAAAGCCCUCAUGACGUCAGAAAGGAAAGUUGUUGUCUAUGUUGAUAGCAAGGACGCCAAUGAAGACUUUAGAAAAUACAAAAAUGCAAUUUUUGUCAUUCAAACGAACGUGGAAUCAACUCCAAACAUGAUUUGCACCUUUGAAGAUCUCACGAAGGAUGCACAAGAAGGAUUGAAGAGGACAUUUGUAAAAUUUCAGGGAUUUGACGUUAAAAUUAAGGACUUAACUGAUGAUAAAGUAUUUUUGACGGAGAUCCUGCAAGAAGUUUGCAAUGCAAAUAAGAUGUUGGAGUUUGGCACAAAAUUGCCACUUGAUCAAUUACCAAAAUACUACAUAAAUCGUCAAUUUACAUUGAAUGACACAGUAGUUUACAAUAAGGAUCCAAUAAAUGAGGAAGAUGUCUUUGAACAAGGACAAAAUACCAUCAUUCAAGGACUCGGUGGCAUUGGGAAGUCAACAGCAAUGAUAAAGCUCGCUGAGGAAGUUAAGAAGUCCAAUCCGAAUUUCUUCGUGUACUUUGGUGACUUGAAGACCUACAGCAAGAUUUUCAGCUAUGCUCAAAGUGGGAAUAUAAAUAUUAUUGGUCCAAAUGAUGCACAAAUGCCAAAUAGCAAAAAUAUCGAUGCAUGGCAAUUUGUUUUGGACUAUUUCAUUGGAUUUUAUGAAAAGGAAAAGAAAAGCGAGCAAUCGCCAGCUGGAAUGCAUCUGGGAGAGACUGAGAGGGAACAAAAACUUCAAAAGAGUCUACUUGAAGUCUAUCUCAAGGAAGAAAACCCCAAAAUUAUUCUCUUUCUCGACGGUUUCGAUGAGAUCUCCCCACUGUACACUGCCCAAGUCAUUCAGAUUAUCAACGGCUUGAAGCAGAGAAAGGUGCAAAUGUUUGUCUCAAGUCAAUCUCACCUGAAGAAGAUAAUGAAAGAAUUGAAAUUUGAAGGUAACUACACACUCGAACCCUAUACUAAACACAUGCAGAGUGAUUUUCUUCGGCUCUACUGGACAAAUUACCUUGAGGAAAAGCAGCUAAAUGAUGCAUUGAUGGAAAAAGUCGAUAGGAAUAACAUAAAUGUUUAUACAAAGAAAUUCUUUAAGAUGUGCUACAGAUCAAUGCUGACCAAUAUCACCCCGAGUAUUCCGCUCAUGUUGAAUAUUCUCGCGGAUAUUUACAAAGAUGAAUGCAUUGAGUUUUGCAUGAAGACCCAUAGGGGGAAAUCGAAGGAAAAAAAUGGAAGAAGAAAACCCAUUGACUUCUUGGAGGUGAAUGUUCUUACGGUGUAUGAACGUAUGUUCCAAGAUAACUGCCGAAAAUUCAAUAUGAAGCGAAAAAUUGAUGAAAGUCUCGUCUAUUUUGCCCAAACUGAAGAAGAGACCAUUGAGGAGUGGCGUCAACGCUACAUGAGCAUUGCAAUUGAAGAUCUCGAUGGGGACAUUUGGAAGCAAGAACAAGGAGCGCUUGUAAAGAAAGAUUGGUCAGAAGUUUAUGGAAGAGGUUUCAUUACAGGUGAAACAACGAAUGAUUAUACCUUCAUCUACGACACCUUCAAGGAAUAUUUUGCAGCUGAUUGGUUUACAAGACAAAUUUUCCCACCUGAUGGAACACUCAACAUUAAUUUACUGAAACACCUCCUGAAGAGGAAUGAUAGUUCAAGCAAGAAAAAUUGCCGGAAAAAUGCUGAGAAUGACUGGGACGAAGAGACAAAUGAUAAGAAUGGAUUUCCAAGAGGAAUAAAGAGUUUCGUCUAUCGACUUAUACUAAAAAAGUUCACUGAACUAAAGGAAAAUAAGGAUCUAGCUAUGAGUCCACAGGAGAAAGCUCAAGUAUCUGAAUUUAUUCUUGGAUUCUUCCAGUACGCCUGGUUUAAUCGAGAACAUUCCCAACUUGAAACAACAUUCGAAUUUGCUAAGACAUUCUGUACCGAGGAAGCAGUACAAAAACUCUGUAAAGAUAAAAAUCUGCUCCAAACGGUUCCAUUCACAUCCCCGGCACAACUUAAGCUCUCCAUUGAAAUUUAUGAUCACUACUUUGGACCAGACACAACCAAUGCCAUACUCAAAACACUUAAAUGUGAGAAAAUCAUCAAUUCAAUCAUUAAGGAAACUCACUUUCCUCUAUACAAGAAAUACGUGAAAAAAAUGAUAAAACGAGAAAUUUUCAAAAUGGAGCAUUUCAUUCCGGAAACAUACAAAAUUUUCCAAACAUACCUGAAAAAGCAGAAAGUUCAGGGAUGGAUGUUUGUUCGUGAUGUAUUUUUGUGGUAUUUUCCACAAAUAAAUGAAACAGCGGAAAAUAUUUGGGGAGAAAUGAAGGAUAUCCUUAGGGAGGAAAAAUUCCAAAGACGCCACUAUCUUGGUCACAAAAUGGCGGCUUUUUGGGAAUGCAAUGGCUACAGAGAUGACUUCAUUGGAGAAAGCUUCCUGGUGGCAAAAGAGUUUGAUCAUCCCAAAAAUCUUUAUAGAUAUUUGUACGCAGUCAAUUCAAUUACACGAGAAGACAUCUUGGUGAAGAUAAUUGAGGUUAUGCAUCGAAAAUGCUGCAACUUCAUUAGUAAGGGCAAAAACUCGGUGCUGUUUGAUGCCUUUGAUGACAAGAACAGCUACCUCAUUAAAAAAUUACUUAUUUUGCUCACGAAAGCUGAAAUUGAGGCUCAAAUCAGUGCAAAUGUCUGCGGAGGGACAUCCUUGACGCAACAGUGCACGAAAGGAAACUACCUCUGUGAGGUCAUCCUGCAGGAACUUGUGAAUAAAUUCGGAUCAGACGUCGUUGGACUAUUCUUCACGGCAAAAGUUAAGGAGACAAAAGAAGUUGAAGACAACAUCAAAAUCUUCUCGACCUUCUUCAGGAAAGACAUGAAGGUGGAUGAAGAAAUCCUCAAAGGACUCGCAAAACGUCUCUGUGAAAGCUGCAACGACAGAAAUCAGCUUCUCUCCAUUGCUGAGAAAGUUUCUAGUCCUGAAGCUUUAAUUUACAUUCAAAAUUUGUAAAACUUAUAUGUCUAAUUAAAAAUAUAUAAUAUUAAAUAAAGAAAAUUUUACUUGUUUAA